UCGGGGAAUGAGGGUGCUCCCAUCCGGGCUGAUCCUCCGCUGAAGAAUCAAUCGGUUAGCCGGGCGGCCGAUGGGUCUUUAAUCCCGCCGGCGACGACAUCAUGGGAUCCACAUCAGAAUCAUUCCGACAAGAUCACCAUCAUACACGCCGGCAAUGAAUACAUCCCUGCCGCCUAUUGGUCCACCUGAUCAAUGUGGCAACAAAUGCCGCACCAAUGGCAGCGCGCGAGAGGCGGGACAAGGCGCGUCAUUGGGCAGGGAGGCGCGUGGGGCGUGGCCAGCAAUGAUGGGAACGCUCAUACAAUAGAGUCUAACGAGGAUUACACGAAACAUAUCACAUGUAGGGUUUAUUUGCCUCAUCUGGAAGUGAGGAGAUGAGUGGAGGGUGAGCUCUCGCGGUGAGCAGAGUGCGCGGCGCCGGCAUGGCCCCGCCCGCCCCCUAGACCCUCUCGCCGCGUCCAGCUGACUCUUGUGCCUCUUGUGGAAACCUAAUUGUUGUUGAGAUAACGUGUGGCAGAUGCUGCCCAGCGUGGGUCCCGCGGGGGUGUUGGGCGGGGGCCUGCGCCCCCUGGGGCAUUCGGGCUUGCCCGCACACAACCUACUGGGGUCACUGGCGCCCUUCCCGCUGCCCUUUUCUUCGGCGUCCUCGGUAGUGGGCGGCGUGGCAGCGCCCUUCGUGAUGGAGUCAGUCAUGCGGGACAGAACGUUGGCACGACCAGUGGCCACCAAGCCGCCGCCCCUCCUGCUGCCCGACGAUCCGCGCCACGACCAGUACUACCACAAGGAUGACGCCGCCGCUCACUACCUGGGAUUGCUGGCCAGACCCGCAGGGCCGGACCGACUCACGCCGCCCGCCCUUCUGUCCUCGCCGCCCCGCUCCAGAGAUGACGAUGGCGGGUUGGGCCUCGGAGGAUGCGGCUGUGAGGGUGAGGGCGGCCACAGCCCAGGACCAGAUACCCCGACCAGCAAACCACACCUUAAGUUUUCCGUCACGGCAAUCCUCGGCCACGACACCCACAGCCCCUCGCGGCCCGACCCGCUGCACAACGACCACCUCGACUCAGAGAGCGUAAGCAGCAUAGGAGAGAGAGCUGCGGCAGUACUCCCUCAACUGGCUAGACCCCGACCCAUCCUGCAUUCACCACUCCAGCCUCUCAUGUCCUGCCGGCCUCCCUACCUGAGCGUGUACGGUAACGUGGGUGCUAUGGCUGGAGUGCCCUUGCCGAGCACAUUCCCGUGGGCAGCGAUGGGCGUGGGCGUGCGAGGCAAGCCGCGGCGGGGGAUGCUGCGGCGGGCGGUGUUCAGUGACUUCCAGCGCAAGGGCUUGGAGGAUCGCUUCCAGAUGCAGAAGUACAUCAGCAAGCCAGACCGCAAGAAGCUGGCGGAGAAACUGGGCCUCAAGGAUUCACAGGUAAAGAUUUGGUUCCAGAAUCGCCGGAUGAAGUGGCGGAACUCCAAGGAGCGUGAGCUGCUGGCUGCCGGGGGCACACGCGAGCAGACACUGCCAACCAAGAACAACCCUAACCCGGACCUGUCUGACGUGGGAGAGGAUCAGCGACCUCCGACCUCCGUAGGGCCCUCGCCCUCCAACAAGGACGAUCUCGCUCUGCAGGGCGGGGACGGCCCACAAGACUACCAGGGGAGGAGCGAGGACGAGUCGGGCUACCUAGGCCAGCAGGGACGCCCGGACAACUUUGGCCCCCCGCUUGGGACGUCGCUCCCGGCUAAAAUCCAAAUUAAGGACCUCACGGCACUCUCUGGCUUCGGGAAGUCGGCGGCCGCGAGCUUCCCCUUCCCUUACCAGGACGCCGACGCCGACUACUCUGACGAAGACAUCAACGUGACAGACGAGAUGGGCGCCUCCAAUAACGAGGACAGCGAAAACGACUAGUGGAGCGCGGCGCGUCCUCUUGCAGCAGAAGGUUCCUCGCAGCUCCCGGAGUCUUGAGGAGGCCUGAAGUGGCUUCCGAGGUCAUGUCACUGUUUUCCCCCGCAGGGUCACCAUGACCCCUAAAACUUUACCAGUGUCAAACCCGUGGUGGUCGUUGCCUUGACGCAGCGGGUCAGGUACUCCUGAGGCUAUAGCUUUGGAGGUCACGCGGGCCUGUCUCCCUCUGGUGUCGCCGACUGGCAGUCUGGGCGGCGGCACUGUAGGCACGACCAACGCAGCAACCCGCCACCGCCGCCCUUCACGCCUGUCGCCUCGCGCUCCUCAUCGUCACGAGCCAAUCGUUCAUUUGUCCUCAACAAACCAUUCACGGCUUGGCGGGGUUCAGGGGGAUGACAAAAUCACGAAGGUGUAGAUUUCCUCCGUCCCCCAUGCGAGGCACCCCGGCACACUGGAAAGAGCAUAUGUGUACCUGUACUUCUGACCUGACCAGCUGCUCGGCUCGACUGCUACCACCUGCGUGUGUAUUAUUCUACUGAUAAUAUUGUGAUAUACGAUCAUAUGUUAUCUUUCUACGCUUACUGUCUCCUACUUCUUCGUAAUAGUAAUCCUGAUUUUGUAAAUAUAAGUUUAUGCCUUGGUGCGCUGGGUCGCUGGCGAGAGAGAGAGAGAGAGAGAGAGAGAGAGAGAGAGAGAGAGAGAGAGAGAGGGAGAGUAAAAGACAAGGAAAAGUUUAAAAAAUUCGAUUAGGAGGUGAUUUUUCACAUUUUCUUUCUCUCGCUCUAAUUCCUUUAUCGUCUCUCUCUCUCUCUCUCUCUCUCUCUCUCUCUCUCUCUCUCUCUCGUCCUGCCUCCCUUCAACCCUCCUGCUCUACAUUUCACUCAUUCUCUCACACUCACUUUUGUUCUUCCUCUCGCCCUCCUCUCCUUCAGUCCUCCCUCUCCCUCCCUCCAUCAUUUCUCUUCUUCUCUCCUUCCAUUGGCCCCUCCAGGUCCUCCUCAGGGAAGAGAUGUUCCUUCGACCUGACCACCUCUUUGAUUCUCUUAAUGUUCCUCUUGCCACACAGAAGAUGAGGAGGAGGAGGUGGAGGAGGAGUAGGAAUGGAAAAAAAGAGGAGAAGGGAGAAGACGAAGUUAGAAGCACAAAGCACUAUAAUGAAACGGAAAAUGAAGAAUAAAAAGACAAUAGAUGAUGAAGAAAAAAGAGAGGGAAGAAAAAAAGAACACAAAGUUUAGAUACAAUAUAAAUGAGCCUUAAAAAUAAAUGCAAUGUAAAAAAAAAAACGUACAGAGAAUAUGAAUAAUAAAAUGAUUGGGAUUAUAAAGAUGUGACUGAAGAAAAAUGAAGAGAUGACACAGGAAAGGAAGGUGCGAAGAGACAA